CAUUUUGCUCGCAUUUCCUACCAAUAAGCUAAGUCUCCUUUUUCCUUAUUCUUUUUCUCUCUUUUCAAGUUUUUUUUCCUUUUCUUCUUUCUUUCCUUGUUCUUGCGUUGCUUUUCCAAUUCGAAUAUUUGAGAUUCUGUUUGUUGAAAUCUUUAUCGGAGUUCUUGAUUCGCUCUCGAUUUUGUGGUUUUUCGAUCUCUUUGGCUGUUCCUUGUUCAUUUCUCGUCCUCCGUGUUUCUCUGUUGCUCUGGUUUGACGAUUCGGGGUUAAGUACUUCGUUCCUAGGGUUUUGUUGGUUACCUCGAUGAUUUUAGGCUUUCUAUGACGUUAUCUUUACUAAGGCGACGUAUUCGUAUCCUCCACUCGUUUUCGGUUGUGUUUCUGUACUGGUUCUACGUCUUCUCAUGAACUAAUCGCCUAAUUCGUCGUGGUGGAAUUUGAUUCAUCUCUUCUUACGGUAGCUGAGUUGUCAAUCGGAAGAUUCAUUUGAUUUUUAUCAGAUUAGAAACUAAUAACUUUUGACUCGAGAAGAUUAUUUGGUAAUAUUUUGGCGGGAAGUCCUUGAAGGAGAGAAUUGUAUGGCUUCUAUUCCAAGGCAAACCAGCUUGGGUUCUAAUGGAGGUUCGCCACCUGCCAUUCCUGAUGAGAGGAAGAGGAAGCGGAUGCAAUCUAACAGAGAAUCGGCUCGGAGAUCUCGGAUGAGGAAGCAGAAGCAAGUGGAGGAUCUCACGGGCGAGGUUAGCCGAUUGCAAAUUGCGAAUAAUCAGCUUCUGCAAAGCAUUGGUGCCAAGGAGCAAGCGUUUGUCCAGGUCGACAACAUGAACAAUGUCCUCAGGGCUCAAGCUAUGGAGCUGACUGAUCGUCUGCGGUCCCUGAACUCGGUCCUUCAGAUUGUGGAGGAGGUUAGCGGACUUGCUAUGGAUAUCCCUGAAAUUCCUGAUCCUCUCUUGAAGCCGUGGGAGUUCUCUCGGCCAGUUCUGCCCGCUGCUGACAUGUUUCUAUGUUAAGUCAAGUCCCUCUUAAAGCCACACUUGCGAGUCUUUUGUCUAGUGGUCGUUUGUGAAUUUAUCGCAGAUCUUAGUAUUCUGCUAUGUGUUGGUGUUUGCGUGUCAUGUAAUAGAGGUUGUGUAUCUGCAAGUAUAGUCGAGAAAAGUCUACCACCUACAUGUGUUUUUGGUUUAUGGUUAUUGAUAAUCUGAUAUUAUCUGUAUUCAAAUUCUAUGUUUGCUCUAGCGAUUUCCCACUGGGUAAUUGCAGAACGCAAGAUGUUAGUGGAUACCAUUGACGUAGAAUUUGGUCUUAUGUAUUGAAUAUUGUUAAUGCAAAGCGCUCUGCUGCUUCCUAUUAAUUCUGCAGCUCGUUACAUGCC